AUGGGCGGACGAAAACGGUCCGCUCAACGGCGCUUGGCCAUCCCGCCCCCCAAUGUGGAUUUGCGGGCCAUUCUUAAUCCCAGCCCCGAGCGCCCAGCCUCGCCCUCACCGCCCACACCGCCCACACCGCCCUCACCGCCCGCACCGCCCGAUCGAUGGGAUCGAAGUGAGCGUCGGCGAUGGCGGCAUUCAUUGGAGUCGCGUCCCCGUUCUCCGGUGGUGAUUCCGCGUGCUCCACCCCGUCGAUCUCGAUCGCCUGGCAUGCCCCCGUCGAAAACACGACGGAUGUCGGCCGCCACUCAGGGGACGAGUGGCUCGUGGGAAGAUCGCGUGAACGCUUUCAUGCAGUCUUUAGGCGCACCCACCCCGCCUUCCCCUCCAUUGGGCUCGUCGCCGGGUCCCAGUGAUCCGCCACCCCCUGGUAUCGAGGAAGAUGAAGAAGCCUUUGACGAUCUCAAGGCCACCCCGCUCAUCCGUUAUGUGGCUCAAGCUGGAACUGUACCGUACAUCCGCCUGGGUAAGAAGUUAAACACGCCGAAAGCCGGGAAAAUCAUCGAGCUCAAGCUGGAAGGCGUGUUUCAGUAUAAUCUUCUGUCUUUGCUCUCUCGAUCCGAAUGGGUGGCUGCCCGGGCCAUCGAGUUGUUAGCGCAAGCUGGAUACGACGAAUCCACGCUGUAUCUGAUGGCCACCACCCAAGGGGGUCCGGCUUUGGAGGCUGAGCUGAAAAGUGCCGUUUUCACGGGCAAGGUUAGAAUUGGGCCCAAACCCGAGCUGUUGUCGCAAGUCUUGCGCGUCAUUGAAGGCGUGGUCAAAUAUUUUACGGCUCAAGGCGAUGAGAGUUCUUCCGAUGACGAACUGGAUCCCGUGGAAGAUACCACUGAAAAUAAGCUCAGGGCCAAUCGAAUUCAAUCGGGUUUGGGCUCCACUCUGGCUCGUUUGGCCAGUCAAAAAGCACAAGAGAAAGUGGAGAAUGCGGAAGAAAUCAUGCCCGAGCAGCCGCCGGAAAAUCCGUGGACUCACAUGUACGAUCACAUCCAAGCUCAGAGUCUGAAGUCCUACUCUGAAAUGAAAACAUUCCUGGCCAAGGACUUGUUGCGUAUCGCCGAUGACAAUAUCAGCCCCUCUGGUAAAGGCUUUGAUAUCGCCCAAGAUAUGGUUUUGAGUCUCGUCCUAGUGGGUUAUCGGCUGGAGAACUUGCAACAAUUGGUCCACCAAACUCCAGCCGAAGACAUCUUACCGCCCAAAGAGGGUCUGAUGUCAGCUGAGAGGGGUAAGCGAUUCCUGUUUCAUGUGGUACUCCGCCGAUUGAAGUCCAUGCGUGCCAAUUUACCUCCGUUGAGUGACCUUCAAUUGGAGUAUUUGGUUCGCAAGGCCUUGACCUUUGUCAUGAGAGGUUGCGAUAAGAUGCCCGUUCAAACCAAAGCUCCUCCGGGUUGUAACAUUGUCUUCAACUACUUGCCUCCCGGAUUGAGAGAGUCCGAGAAUCAGGGACAAAACGGUCUUAUUUCCUCAGAAGAUUACGAUCAAAACCGACUCAUCGAUGAAGGCGAAACACCCAAGAAUGGGGCGCCCAUCAACGCUGAAGACAAAGAAUCCACAGAUCCCUUGAAUUCCAUUCUGAACCCUCAGUCCACCGAGGCAUCCUCUAGAUCGAAUGAGAUGCCCAGUCGGAAAUAUCUCUUGGGCUAUAUUCAUUUGGAGUGGGUGAGCAUUCGUGGAAGGCCGCAGAUCUAUGAAGUCAGCUUGCAAAUGUCCGAUAUGUCCUCGAUGAACUUGUAUACUAUGACGGAGCCUCUGAUGAAGGCCUCGGAGACGUUGGAAAUCCUGGGGUUUGUCCGAAAUCCAGAUCGACAAGAAGUGUACUUUGUUCAAGAGGGCUUAGGUUGUACCAAGGCUUUGCGAUUGGAUAAGGCCUUUGAGAAAGUGAGCAAAUUCCUGGAGGAGAAACGCAAUCUCAGCACGGGCGAGAACAAAAACAACGGGCUGAUCCUGGUGUGCUACAGUGAGGAGGAGUUGGCUCUAAUUCAUCGAACGUUCGAAGAAACUGGGCACAAGAAUCUAUUUAUUGAUGUCGUCAAAGGAUUCGGUUGCGUGGAACAUUUCAUCGAUCGAAACAAGUCCAAGAAGUACUUCUACGGUGGCCCCAAGUUCAAUGUCAGUGGCGAAGAUUCAUUCUAUCAAACCGAAUUGAAGCGUGGAAUCCAUGCCACACACUCCAUCUCCAAGUCCAAAGCUGGAUCUUUGUCUCAAGCCUUGGAAUACUUCCUGGAAAGUGCUCCUCAGUACAAGAACUUCAUAUUGCCCACGUGUUGCCCUUCACUCAGUCCAAAGCUCUUGGAGAUACGACGUAAAUUGGUUCAAAUCGAAGAGAUGUACCACCUAGAAGUGUAUAUCGCGGCCCAAUUGAAGAAUCAAAGAACUCAGUUAUUCUUGGAAGGGAUCUUCCAAGCUCACAUGGGCAAAGAUAUUCGAGAUAAACCCAGCGUGGUUGCCAGUCGCUUUUGUCGACUGUUGGUGGAAGCCGGAUUUGAUAAAGGUACAUUGAGCCGUUGCUUCGCCAAGAACCAAGACUUCAGCAUAAACUCCAGCGUGUUCUUGGACAAGAUGAACAUGAGUCAAAGACUUCAGGUCAUGGAUCAAACCAUGCGAUGUAUUCGCCUCAUCCAAACCUACUUUCAACCACAAAAUCCCGAAUCUGAUCAUCAGGGCUGAGAGCGAGCCAGAGGGUGCUCUUUUUUACACUGAGAGGAUUGCAUUUGUGUAUCUCAAAGCUAAAGAGAAAGAAAAUAAAUCUCAGCACUACA